CCGAGAAGGGAGAGAACAAAUAUUCAAGUGCUAUUCUUUUACUGGAGAACUAACAGAUAAGAUGCCGGAUUACGAAGGCAACGGUGGAGAUGAUCUAGAGAACUACGGUGGCUCUUCUCCUCAACCCCGUAUUAACAGUCACGGAGGUGCCGAUGAUUUUAGCGACUCCAGAUCUCAACAUUCUCGUGAUGGUGAUAAUAGAGAAAGAGGGUCUUCUAGAAGCAGGGACAGGGAUAGGGAGAGGGAGAGGGGGAGAGACAGGGAUAGGGACAGGGACCGUGAAGGUGAACGAAGCAGAGAUAAGGACAGGGACAGGGAUAGGGACAGGGAACGUGAUAGGGAUAAGGAUCGGGAUCGUCACCAUCGGGACCGAGAUCGCCACCGGGAUCGAAGUGAGAGAAGAGAGAGGGAGGAGAGGACUCGAGACAGAGAUGAUGAUGGUGAUUACCAUCGGAGUCGGGAGUAUGAUAGACGAAGAGAUUAUGACAGAGAUAGAGAAGAGAGGCAGAGGCAUAGGUCCAGAUCUCGAGAGGGGAGGGCAGAACACCGAUCAAGGUCACGGUCUCGAUCACGCUCCAAAAGUAAAAGGAUCAGUGGCUUUGACAUGGCACCUCCAACUAAUCCCUUGAUGCCUGGUGCUACCUCUCUCCCAGGUAUAUGUUCUGUGGGUUAGUUUUCUAUUUAAUUUUGAUAACUUUUUUUUCUCUGUCUUUGCCAUAGUGUGGAAAAGUUCGUACAAAAUUCAUGCUUUCAUUUUGAAGGCAAUAUUGGGCUACUAGCCCCACUGUGCUGACACUGGGCGUGAGCCGACUUCUGUAGCUUUUAUUACAAGGAAGAAACAAUCAGGUCAGGUAACUGGUACUGCUCCUGCUGUUCCUGGAGUCUUUCCCAACAUGUUUUCAUUGCCAACUGGACAGCUUGGAGCUCUACCUGUUAUGCCAGUUCAGGCUAUGACUCAACAGGCCACUAGACAUGCUCGACGAGUGUAUGUUGGUGGACUUCCUCCAACAGCUAAUGAACAGUCUGUUGCGACAUUCUUCAGUCAUGUGAUGUCGGCAAUUGGAGGAAACACUGCUGGUCCAGGGGAUGCUGUUGUAAAUGUUUAUAUUAACCAUGAGAAGAAAUUUGCUUUUGUGGAGAUGAGGUCAGUUGAAGAGGCUAGUAAUGCCAUGGCAUUGGAUGGCAUUAUUUUUGAGGGAGCACCGGUUAAGGUGAGAAGGCCCAGUGACUACAAUCCCUCAUUAGCUGCUACUCUUGGUCCUAGCCAGCCCAAUCCAAACCUGAACCUUGCUGCUGUUGGACUGACCCCUGGUUCUGCUGGUGGGCUUGAGGGCCCUGACCGUAUUUUCGUGGGUGGUCUUCCCUAUUAUUUCACGGAAGGGCAGAUCAGAGAGCUGCUAGAGUCUUUUGGGCCCCUUCGUGGUUUUGAUCUGGUGAAAGACAGAGAGACUGGAAAUUCCAAGGGCUAUGCAUUUUGUGUUUACCAGGAUUUAUCAGUGACUGAUAUUGCUUGUGCAGCACUUAAUGGGAUCAAGAUGGGUGAUAAAACCCUCACUGUUAGGCGUGCAAACCAGGGAGUUACACAACCUAAACCUGAGCAAGAAAGUGUUUUAUUGCAUGCACAGCAACAGAUAGCUUUACAGAAACUCAUGCUACAACCUGGGACACUGGCCACAAAGGUUUUAUGCCUGACACAAGUGGUCAGUGCAGACGAGCUAAGAGAUGAUGAGGACUAUGCAGAUAUAUUGGAAGACAUGAGAUUGGAAUGUGGGAAAUUUGGUACUUUGGUGAACCUGGUUAUCCCACGGCCAAGUCCCACUGGUGAUCCAACACCAGGUGUUGGAAAGGUGUUUUUGGAGUAUGCUGAUGUCGAGAGUGCCAACAAAGCUCGUCAAGGAUUGCAUGGAAGAAGAUUUGGUGGGAAUCAAGUAGUUGCUGUGUUUUAUCCAGAGAAUAGGUUCUCUCAAGGUGAUUAUGAUGGUUAAGCGGUGGCCGCUACUGGUUUUGAAGUUACCUUAGAGAUGCUUGAGUACCGUUAUAGGCUUGAUGCGUGCUAUCCCAUAACUCGUACAAAAUUAGGAAGUGAUACAGAUAUAUUAUUUUGGUUUAAGCUUAGUACUCAGAUUUAUCUCUUGGAUUUUAGGGUUGCAUUUGUACUUGGAUUUUUGGAAUGAUUAUCGAACUUCGCUUUUGAGUCUUGAGUGUCAC